CACCGAACAGAAAGUCAUCUUUGACACUGCCAUUGCUUAACCUACGGGAGAGAGCACCAAAAUGGCAGAGAAUCGGGAACUGUUCUGUUGCUCCAUCUGUCUGGAUCUACUGAAGGAUCCGGUGACUACUGCCUGUGGACACAGUUACUGUAUGGGCUGUAUUAAAGAAAGCUGGGAUCAGGAUGAUCUGAAAGGUUUCUACAGCUGUCCACAGUGCAGAGAGACCUUUAUCCCAAGGCCUGUACUGAAGAGAAACAUCGUGCUGGCUGAAGUGGUGGAGAAACUGAAGAAGACAGGACUCCAGGCUGCUUCACCUCCUGCUCUGUGCUAUGCUGGACCUGGAGAUGUGGUGUGUGAUUUCUGCACUGGGACCAGAAAACAGAAAGCCCUCAUGUCCUGUCUGGCGUGUCUGGCCUCUUACUGUGAGACUCACCUCCAACCUCACUAUGAAUCCCCUGCUUUCAAGAAGCACAAGCUGGUCAAAGCCACCACACAACUACAGGAGAAGAUCUGCUCUCAUCAUGACAAACUGCUGGAGGUUUACUGUCGUACUGAUCAGCAGUGUAUCUGUAUGCUGUGUACAAUGGAUGAACAUAAUGGCCAUGAUACAGUGUCAGCUGCAGCAGAGAGGACUGAGAAACAGAGGCAGCUGGGGAGGAGUCAGCAGAAGGUCCAGCAGAGAUUCCAGGAGAGAGAGAAGGAGCUGAAGGAGCUCCAACAGGCUGUGGAGUCUUUCAAGCACUCUGCACAGUCAGCAGUGGAGGACAGUGAUCAGAUCUUUACUGAGCUGAUCCAAUACAUUGAGAAAAGGAGCUAUGAGGUGAAGGAGCUGAUCAGAGCCCAAGAGAAGGCUCAAGUGAGUAAAGCUGAAGGACUCCUGGAGCAACUGAAGCAGGAGAUAGCUGAGCUGAGGAAGAGAAGCACUGAGCUGGAGCAGCUCUCACACAUAGAGGAUCACAUCCAUUUCCUCCAGAGUUAUCAGUCUGUCUCCAGUAUCAGUGUAUCGUCAGACUUACCCAGCAUCGUUGUCCGUCCUCUUCAGUACUUUAGAGAUGUGAGUAAGACUGUGUCUGAACUGAGAGAGAAACUAGAAGACUUCCUUAAAGGAGAAUGGACCAAGAUCUCCACUACAGUGAAGAUAGUGGAUGUUGUACUGCCUCCAGAGCCCAAGACCAGAGAACAGUUGUUACAAUAUUCCUGUCAGCUCACACUGGACCCAAACACAGCACACACAGAUCUCUCUCUGUCUGAAGGGAACAGGAAGGUGACCUAUACAGGCCGAGUCCAACCAUACCCUGAUCAUCCAGACAGAUUCACCAACCAGUACCAGGUUCUGUGUAGAGAGGGUCUGUCUGGACGCUGUUACUGGGAGGUGAAGUGGAGUAGUUAUGUUAUUACAGCAGUCUCAUAUAAAGACAUCAGCAGAACAGAAACAGAUAAUAUAUUUGGAUACAAUGACAAGUCCUGGAGUUUACAAUACUAUAGAGGUGGUUAUUGGUUCAGACACAAUAAUGUUGAGACUAAACUAUCUGGCCCUCAGUCCUCCAGAGUAGGAGUGUACCUGGAUCACAAGGCAGGUACUCUGUCCUUCUACAGUGUCUCUGACACAAUGACCCUCCUCCACAGAGUCCAAACCACAUUCACUCAGCCCCUCUAUCCUGGGUUUCAUCUCUGUGGUACUGCUGAGCUGGUUAAACUGUAGUAGGGUCCACAUAGAUACUAGUCAUGCUGGUGUAGUCUAUAGCUGAGCUGGUUAAAUUGUAGUAGGGUCCACAUAGAUACUAGUCAUGCUGGUGUAGUCUGUAGCUGAGCUGGUUAAACUGUAGUAGGGUCCACAUAGAUACUAGUCAUGCUGGUGUAGUCUAUAGCUGAUCUGGUUAAACUGUAGUAGGGUCCACAUAGAUACUAGUCAUGCUGGUGUAGUCUAUAGCUGAGCUGGUUAAACUGUAGGAGGGUCCACAUAGAUACUAGUCAUGCUGGUGUAGUCUAUAGCUGAGCUGGUUAAACUGUAGGAGGGUCCACAUAGAUACUAGUCAUGCUGGUGUAGUCUAUAGCUGAGCUGGUUAAACUGUAGUAGGGUCCACAUAGAUACUAGUCAUGCUGGUGUAGUCUAUAGCUGAGCUGGUUAAACUGUAGUAGGGUCCACAUAGAUACUAGUCAUGCUGGUGUAGUCUAUAGCUGAUCUGGUUAAACUGUAGUAUGGUCCACAUAGAUACUAGUCAUGCUGGUGUAGUCUAUAGCUGAGCUGGUUAAACUGUAGUAGGGUCCACAUAGAUACUAGUCAUGCUGGUGUAGUCUAUAGCUGAGCUGGUUAAACUGUAGUAGGGUCCACAUAGAUACUAGUCAUGCUGGUGUAGUCUAUAGCUGAGCUGGUUAAACUGUAGUAGGGUCCACAUAGAUACUAGUCAUGCUGGUGUAGUCUAUAGCUGAUCUGGUUCAACUGUAGUAGGGUCCACAUAGAUACUAGUCAUGCUGGUGUAGUCUAUAGCUGAGCUGGUUAAACUGUAGUAGGGUCCACAUAGAUACUAGUCAUGCUGGUAUAGUCUGUAGCUGAUCUGGUUAAACUGUAGUAGGGUCCACAUAGAUACUAGUCGUGCUGGUGUAGUCUAUAGCUGAGCUGGUUAAACUGUAGUAGGGUCCACAUAGAUACUAGUCAUGCUGGUGUAGUCUAUAGCUGAGCUGGUUAAACUGUAGUAGGGUCCACAUAGAUACUAGUCAUGCUGGUGUGGUCUAUAGCUGAGCUGGUUAAACUGUAGUAGGGUCCACAUAGAUACUAGUCAUGCUGGUGUAGUCUAUAGCUGAUCUGGUUAAACUGUAGUAGGGUCCACAUAGAUACUAGUCAUGCUGGUGUAGUCUAUAGAUGAGCUGGUUAAACUGUAGUAGGGUCCACAUAGAUAA